CUACGCUUUUCGGUAUAAGUAGUACCAGACGUCCUUCCUACGAUCGUGAUCAGAAUCAUGAUAAGGCAGUCGCGGCCGAUGUUUGUGGAUAAUAAUAUCUAGAAACCCUGGUUAUUCACAGCAUAGAUGGGCACAGCUGCAGCUGAUACAGGUGAAACCAGAUAGUAGAUCGCCAACACGCGGUGGUGCCGAUAAUGGCUAAACCUGCUAUGAUUGCCGAACAGUUGAAAACUUGAAACGCAGCAGAUGUUGCUGAUUGUUGUACUUGAUAUUUGGCGGGAAAUAAACAUUGUGUCAUACAUUUUAACAUUUGCGACUUUUAUAGUUUUAUUUAUUACCGUUUACUCGUUGAAACAUGCCAGCUGGAGCUUAAACUGUUGUACCAGUACAGGAAACAACAUUAUAGGCAUUAGUUCAUGUGCUGUGCUUUCCCGCCAAUACUAACUUUCAUUGUGAUUUAUAUGGCUACGCUAUUAUAUUUACGCUAGUAACGAACAACCUACUUUACAUGUUGUAAAAUAAAAUACACAUAAUUUCAACAAUCGAAGUAUAAGAAAUGGCCGACAUCAAGAAACAUUUGUACGUUAAGAAACGAGAUGGUAGCGUUGAAAGUGUUCAUUAUGAUGCAAUUAUAGCACGUAUCAAACAGUUAUGUUAUGGUCUAGAUUCAGAAAACAUUGAUCCAGCAGCCAUGGCUAUUCAUGUUAUAAAAAAAUGCCUAUACCCUGGUAUAACCACAUCGCAACUUGAUGAUGCUGCUGCAGAAAUGGCAAUUACAAUGACAACUAUUCAUCCUGAUUAUGGAAAACUAGCAGCUCGUAUUGCAAUUUCCAAUUUACAUAAACAAACCAAAGACAAAUUUAGCGAUGUUAUGAGUGAUAUUUAUCAUAAUAAUGAAUAUUGGAACAUUGGAAUAUCAGAUGAUGUGUAUGAAAUAAUUAUGAAACAUAAGGAUCGUUUAGACUUGGCUAUUAACAAUGAAUAUGAUUAUAAUUUAGAUUAUUUUGGGUUUAAAAAUUUUAUGAAAUAUUUUUUAGCUAAAGCUAACAAUCAAACAAUCGAACGCCCUCAACAUUUGCUUAUGAAAAUAGCUGUUGGCAUUCAUGGGGAUAAUAUUGAUUCUGCAAUUGAAACUUAUCAGAUGCUAUCGAAUAAAUUGUUCAUAUUUUCUCCAGUGGUAUUACAGUUGCAAGCUGCUGCUAAAAAAAUGAAUACUCCCGUCAUAAGUCAUUAUUCUGUGGCAAUGCUACAUGACAGCAUUGAUGGUAUUUACAACACGCUGAAUCGUUUCUCCAAGUUUGUUUUACCUUAUUCAACUACAGCUGUCCAUGUUCACAAAAUACGUGCUGCAGGAACAUACAUUCGUGGUAGUAACGGCAAGUCUAGUGGCCUACCUUUGAUGCUGAAACAAUACGAUACUGUUGUUCAUAAGUGCGAAACACUUGAAAGACCCAAGAGCAUGAAAGGGUUAACAGUGUAUUGUGAAUUGUGGCACGCCGAUAUAAUGAAAGUUUUGGAUCAAACAAGAAAAACUGCUAUUGCUGAUUUAAAACUUAAAGAUAGUUAUAUAGCUCUAUGGGUACCAGAUCUGUUUAUGAAAAGAGUAAUAAGUGAUCAAGUGUGGAGUUUCAUGAGUCCUGAUCAUUGUCCUGGUCUCAUAGACGUUUAUGGAGAAGAAUUUGACAAAUUAUAUCAAGAAUACGAAGCCAAAGGAAAUAGUUAUGUAUUAAAGCAAAUUGAAGCGAAAAAACUAUGGUCAAUUAUCAUACAGUCUCAGAUUGAAACUGGUUUUCCAUUAAUUGUCUAUAAAGACGCGUGCAAUUUAAAAAGCAAUGAACAACAUUUAGGCACAAUUCAGUGUGCUGGUCGUAAUGGUGACACUGUGCAAUUUACUGCACCUCAAGAAGUGGCUACAGCUACAACAGCUUCAAUUUCUGUUGAUAGAUUUUUGACAUCAGAAAAUACUUAUGACUUUAAUAAACUCAAAUAUGUUGCAAAAAAAGUCUCUUAUGAUUUAAAUCAAAUUAUUGAAAAUAACGGAAAAUUAAUCAAUGAAGAAAAAAAAAAUCUUCUAGGAAUCAAAGAAAAUCAGUUGUCAAUCGGUAUUGGCAUUCAAGGACUUGCUGAUUUAUUUAUAAAAUUGAGGUAUGCUUUUGACGACCAAGAAGCAAUCGAGCUAAAUAAAAAAAUCCAUGAAACCGUUUAUUAUGGGGCUUUAGAAGCUAGCUGUGAAUUAGCUGUAAAGAAAGGUCCAUACAAGACUUAUGCUAACAGUCCUGCGAGUAAAGGGUUAUUACAAUUUGACUUAUGGAAAGUUACACCUACCAAUUUAUGGGAUUGGAACAGUUUGAAGAAGAAAAUUGCUGAACAUGGACUGAGAAAUUCUCUUUUAACUCUUUCUUCUAUUACUGAAAUUGAGUCUCAGUUACUUGGGAAUGUUAAUUCUGUUGAACCCUUGGACACUAACGUAAAAUGUAGAUAUAUUUCAUUUGGAGAAAACAAACCCAAAGAGUUCCAGGUUGUAAACCCGUUCCUACUAAAAGAUCUAUAUGACCGCAAUCUUUGGAAUGAAAAUAUUAUAUCAGAACUAGUAAAUAACAUGGGUUCUGUUCAGGAUAUUAAAGACAUUCCAGAGGAUUUGAAAAAAAUAUACAAAACAAAAUGGCAAGUCGAUCAGACAUCAUUAGUACGUAUGGCAGCUGAUCGCGCUCCAUUUAUUGAUCACUCGCAAGCACUUUCACUUUAUAUGAUUAAUGCCAACGAAGAAGAUGUUUCUAAUAUACACAUGCUAUCGUGGAAACUUGGUUUAAAAACUGGUUCGUACCAAUUAAGAGUAAAGCAAAGCGAUGAAGAUAUACAAGAGUAAAAUCAACCUAUAUUGAUUGCAGACUGAGAUUAUUAUUAUUUCAAUUAUAUUAUACCUAAAUAAGCUUUUUUAAUAAAUUUUUUAUAUAAAAUUGAAAUUAUCUUCAUUGAAAAGGUGCUUCAGCAGUAAUAAACUAGCAGUAAAGAUACAUUUUUAAGAUGACUGGUGGCUUAGUAGUAAUUAAUGAAUCUGUUGAAACUUAUAUCUAACGAAAAUUCUUUCAGUAAACUAUAUGAACCUUA